CACACGUAGCUUGUUGGGUUGGAGAACUCGCGACGAUGGCGACGACGACUCGCUGCUGGAAAGGGACGCAGUGAAGCUUGGCCUCGGCUCGGAUAUGACUAAUGUUUAUUUGGGCGAUGUUUAUUUGCUGCUUAAUAAUUGCACAGGCUUCGGAUGAACCUCUGGCUCCUGAGUUAUCGUCACUUCCUUCACUGAUUUCCAUGUCUUACUCGUGAGAGUUUACAAACAGGAUUAUCAGGACUGCUCUUCGUUACUGAUUGUCUGCGACCGGUCCAAGGCGGAGCCCCUUGUUUGGUGACCCACACUCCUUCACAGGGGCCAUGGAGGAGGAGGGGCAGCAGGGCGUGGAGAGUAUCCAGGCCAAUCAGAACUUCCCCAAGAAGUCCCCGGUCCUGGAGGAGGAAAACAUGCAGGUGCCCUUUCCUGAGCUGCACGGGGAGUUCACAGAGUAUGUGGGGAGAGCAGAGGACGCCAUCAUCGCCACGUCCAACUACCGUCUGCACAUCAAGUUCAAAGAGUCCGUUGUCAAUGGUUGUUGUUGUGAGGUGUCAGUUCCUCUUCAGCUCAUUGAAUGUGCGGAGUGUCGCGACAUGUUCCAGCUGCAUGUCACCUGUAAGGACUGCAAAGUCAUCAGGUGUCAGUUCUCCACCUUUGAGCAGUGUCAGGAGUGGCUGAAACGCCUGAAUUCAGUAGUGCGCCCCCCGACUCGUCUGGAGGACCUCUUCUCCUUUGCGUUCCACGCCUGGUGCAUGAAUGUAUACGCCGGGGAGAAGGAACAGCACGGCGAGCUGUGCAGACCAGGGGAACACGUGACCUCCUGGUUCAAGAACGAGGUGGAGAGGAUGGGCUUUGACACUCAAAACGCCUGGAGGAUAUCUGACAUCAACAGCAAGUUCAGGCUGUGCCCCAGCUAUCCUCAGCAGCUCCUGGUGCCCGCCUGGAUCACUGACAAGGAGCUGGAAAAUGUGGCUGCCUUCCGCUCCUGGAAGAGGUUUCCUGCUGUGGUUUACAGGCACCAGACAACCGGGGCCGUGAUCGCCCGCUGCGGUCAGCCUGAGGUCAGCUGGUGGGGCUGGAGGAACGCUGACGACGAGCACCUGGUGCAGUCCAUCGCCAAGGCCUGCGCGGUCGACGGCAGCUCGCGCAAGCACCUGUCCAACGGCGGCGGGUACACUAACGGCUCUGACCUGUCUGACACAGACUUUGAAUCCUCCAUGACCAACAGCUCAGAGGUGGAGACGUUGGCCAUCCAGCCCCAUAAGUUACUGAUCCUGGAUGCCCGGUCCUACGCUGCGGCUGUGGCUAACCGAGCCAAGGGGGGAGGCUGUGAAUGCCCAGAAUAUUAUCCUAACUGUGAGGUGGUGUUUAUGGGCAUGGCCAACAUCCACUCCAUUCGCAAGAGUUUCCAAUCUCUGCGGUUCCUCUGUACUCAGAUGCCUGACCCAGCUAACUGGCUCUCUGCGCUGGAGAGCACCAAGUGGCUGCAGCAUCUCUCCCUGCUGUUAAAGGCAGCGCUGCUGGUGGUCAAUGCUGUGGACAGAGACCACAGGCCGGUCCUGGUGCACUGCUCUGACGGCUGGGACCGGACUCCUCAGAUCGUGGCUUUAUCGAAGCUGCUGCUGGACCCUUACUACCGCACUAUUGAGGGCUUCCAAGUUUUGGUGGAGACCGAGUGGCUGGACUUUGGCCACAAGUUUGCAGAUCGAUGCGGUCAUGGAGAGAACUCUGAGGACCUGAACGAGCGCUGUCCUGUCUUCCUUCAGUGGCUGGACUGUGUUCACCAGCUGCAGAGACAGUUCCCAUGCUCCUUUGAGUUUAAUGAGGCCUUCCUGGUGAAACUCGUUCAGCACACCUACUCCUGUCUAUUCGGCACCUUCCUGUGUAACAGCGGCAAGGAGAGGGAGGACCGGCACGUUCAGGAGAGGACCUGCUCUGUGUGGUCGCUGCUAAGACCGGCCAACCGCACCCUGAAGAACAUGCUGUACUCCUCACACUCCGAGAUUGUUCUGCACCCCGUGUGUCACGUUCGCAACCUGAUGCUGUGGACUGCAGUCUACCUGCCCAGCUCCUCUCCCACCACCCCCUCAGAUGACUCCUGUGCCCCCUACCCUGUGCCUGGUUGCAACCCGGAGGACACGCCCCUGGCCAGGCGUACAAAGACACGCUCCUUUGACAACUUGCCAAGUGCAUGUGAGCUGGGAAAUUCUCUGGCUCCUAACCGGCGCUCCAGUGACCCGAGCCUCAACGAGAAAUGGCAGGACCACCGCCGCUCUCUGGAGCUCAACAUGGCAGUGGGGCCUGAGGGAGGGGGGAACCAGGAUCAGGAGGUGCGACCCAACGGAGUGGGGCCUUACCUCGAGGGAGGGGACUCGGAGCUGGACGACAGCCCUCAGCCCAGAGUCACACAUGCUGAGCUGGGACAGGGAGCCUCCGGCAGCCCGGCAGAAACAGUAGAGGAAGCAGAGGAGGCGGAGCUCUCUGUGGCUGUGGGUGUGGCCGAGGGCCAGAUGGAGAACAUCCUGCAGGAAGCCACUAAGGAGGAGGCAUUGGCAGAAGUUCAGACAGAGGAAAGUACUGUUGUCCCGUAUGUCAUUAACACUGUUGACACAGAGGUGGGGAGAGAAGCACAAGCUGAGGAAGAUGACCUAUGUGCUAAGGUGAAGGGCACUCACAUCCAGACAGAAACAUUUGCAAAUGGUAACCAUCGAGAGAAUGAGGUAACGGAGGCCGAGGAGGGUGUAUCUCUCCCUCUUCCUGCACAGGAAUCAGAGGAAUUGGAAGAACAAGCAGCUGAGGUCCCUCAGACAGCAGAUGAUCUAGUGAAGCAGGAUGUAGAGAACUCCUCUGCACAAGAGGAGCUUCCACAUGUGGAGCCCUGCUCAGGUGAACCAAAUCAGCCGGUGGCCCAGAGAACUUUAACUAAUGGCUAUGUGGACAGCUCACCUGAAGAGCGAGAUGUGGAUGAGGAGCCCUGCCCUCACUCUGAAUCUGAUAGUGGAGGUGACUUGGAGCAGGUGGAUCAGGUGGAUAAGAGGGCAUCCCUGAUGGAAAGCUCCACAGAGACUUUAACUGAAGAGGCCUGCACCAGGUUGGAGCUGCCCGCACAUCUGCCUGUUUGCCCGAGUCGGCAGCCCUGCAGUGAAGGCAGGAGCCAUCCUCCCUGCUCCAGGAAAGAAAAAGGACUUGAGCCAGGUGAGCAUGGCUUUUUCAGAACUUUAAACGGGGGCAGCAAGCGUCCGUCUGUUAGUGCCUUUCAGUCCGUCGGCGGUGACCCCGUCAUCAGGGAUGGGCUUUGCAACGGCGACAACUCAGAGGGGGAACCCUGCGGAGGACCUCACUUGGCCAAAGGAAACGGGGAGAAGGCCCCACUGAGUCGACAGGUUUCUUUGGCGAGCUGCAACUCCCUGAUCCUCCAUCCACGGGGCAGCUGCUCCCAGCACCGCUGGUGCCAUGCCCUGCUGGGUCGGGCUGCAAUCAGCCCCGAGCAGCCGUCCCGCAGCCAUCUGGACGACGACGGGCUAACACUGCACACAGACGCCAUCCAGCAGAGACUGAGGCAGAUCGAGGCGGGGCACCAGAUGGAGGUGGAGACUCUAAAGAAACAGGUGCAGGAGCUGUGGAGCCGCCUGGAGAACCAGCAGCACUGUGGCUCCCACCGGGUCAACGGAGACAUGGGAGAUGAAAUGACCUCAAUGACAGACUCCGAGUACAACCUGGACCCCAACUGUUUGUCACGCUGUAGCACAGAGUUCUUCUCUGAAGCCAGCUGGGAGCAGGUGGACAAGCAGGACACUGAGGUUUGCUGCUCAGAUCAAAGCUGUGAACUGAGACCGGGCUGUGCUUUCCAGGUGACUCGUUGGUACCCAGACCAUUUGGCAGCCCAGUGUUACGGCUGUGAGAGCAGGUUCUGGCUCGCCGCGAGGAAGCAUCACUGCAGUGGCAGGGAGCCAGUCCAGGAGGUUUGGAACUGUGGUAACGUGUUCUGUGCCAGCUGCUGUGACCAGAAGAUCCCUGUGCCAAGCCAGCAGCUGUUUGAGCCCACCCGCGUCUGUAAGACCUGCUACGGGAGCCUUCAGCUGGGCCCGGCUCCCCUGGACCUGGAGCUGGAGAAACCCAUCGCAGCCAGCUCCAAUUGAGUUUCAGAGGACUAGGGGAAAAGGAGAGCAAACUGAACCACCAGCUGCUGACACACGGGGGCGCACUGUUGGAAAAAAGAGCACAGGAUCUCCACAGAAUGUCCCAUGAACUUAAUGUGUGUGUGUGUUCUGCAGAUGUGGAAUUUAAUGUGUAUAUACAGAAAGAUGGCGUGGAGGAAAUAGCUUAAUGGUGUGACGGCGUGAUGGAGAGAGCACCCUGAAUGAGGCGGUGUGUGUGUAGGGGUGGUGUGUGUGUGAGAUUGUGUGGCAUUGACAGGUCUGCACUCAAAGACUGGAGGAGUGAGAAUGGACAUCCUGGUGCCUGUAGGACCAGGCGGGUGGAGAAGGUGGUGUCACUGUGUUGCUCAAGUCUCUCGGAGGGCGUCGGUACAUUUGGCUCAUCCACACUUCUCUUCAGACUUCUUUAUCUUCAUCUUCCUGCUUGGACUCCUUCUUUUCUGCAGAGGAUUACGCUGAGAAACGACUUGGAAUCAUCUGAUACUCCCUGACAGAUACCUGGACAGCUGCUGCCUGUGUUGUUGUUCAGGGGGCGGUCCUAAGGGUCAGUUCCCCCCCCCCCCCCCACACUCAA